AUGGGUCUCGGCUCGCUCUUCACGGCCUCUCUGCUGGCCCUGAGUGCUUUCUCCCCAGUCUCAGCAGCGCCAUCUUCCUCUGUCGACACUUUGGAGGCUCGAAAUGGCGGCAGUUGGUGGCUCUCCAGCAUCAAGCGGCAGGGCGCUGUGCCCAGCAACGGCAAUUUUAAAGUCUACCGCAACGUCAAGGACUUUGGUGCUACAGGCGAUGGCUCUACUGACGAUACUGCUGCCAUCAAUGCUGCCAUCACGGAUGGGAACCGCUGUGGCCAGGGCUGCGACUCCAGCACCACGACGCCUGCCCUUGUGUACUUCCCUCCUGGAACCUACGUCGUCUCGAAGCCCAUCAUUCAAUACUACUACACCCAGCUCGUUGGAGAUGCUGUAAACGUGCCGACUCUCAAGGCUUCUGCCAACUUCCAGGGCAUUGCCGUCAUCGACUCCGACCCGUACGCCGACGGUGGCGUCAACUGGUACACGAACCAAAACAACUUCUUCCGUCAGAUCCGCAACUUCAAGAUUGACAUCACUGCUCAGGGCAAGUCCACUGGAACUGGUAUCCACUGGCAGGUUGCCCAAGCCACCUCGCUUCAGAACAUUCAAUUCGACAUGAUCAAAGAUAAGAGCAGUGACAACAAGCAGCAAGGAAUCUUUACCGAGAACGGCUCUGGUGGCUUCAUGUCCGACCUUACCUUCAACGGCGGCAACCUCGGUGUUUUCUGGGGUGCUCAGCAGUUCACCACCCGGAACUUGAAGUUCAACGGAUGCCGCACUGCUAUCUACAUGAACUGGAAUUGGGCUUGGACCUUCCACGGUCUCAACAUUGACAGCUGUGAUAUUGGUCUGGACAUGUCUAGCAACGGCCAAGACCAGCAGCAGGUCGGUGCCGUUCUUGUCCAAGACAGCACAUUCUCCAACACCCCAGUCGGCAUUGCCACUCGCUACAGCCCUAGCCAGAACGACACCCGCGGUACGCUGAUUGUCGACAACGUUGAUUUUAGCAAGAACUGCCCCGCGGCCGUCCAGAACCCCCAGACUAACGCCACCAUCCUCAACGGCAACGCGAAGGUUCAGUCUUGGAUCCAGGGCAGGGCCUACAAAGGGAAUAGUGGUAGCGCUGUCCAGGCUACCCAGACCCCCGUUUCUAAGCCUGCUGCCCUCCUAGAUGCCUCCGGAAACAUUUUCACCAGAUCAAAGCCUCAAUACAACGACGUCGACGCCUCCAAGUUUGUUUCCGUCAAGUCCAAGGGUGCCAAAGGCGAUGGUGUCACCGAUGAUACUGCCGCGAUCCAAGCUGUCUUUGACGGCAUUGGUAGCGACCAGAUCGUUUACUUCGACCACGGCAACUAUGUUGUUACCAACACGGUCAAGGUUCCUAAGAACGUCAAGGUUGUCGGUGAAAUUUGGCCCGUCAUUUUUGCCAGCGGCAACAGCAACUUCCAGGAUCAGAGCAAUCCGAAGCCCGUCUUCCAGGUCGGUAAUGCUGGAGAUGUCGGCACUGUCGAGAUGCAGGACAUCAUCUUCUCUACCAUGGGGCCCCAACCCGGUGCUAUCCUGAUGGAGUUCAACGUUGCCGGUCAAAAACAGGGUGCCGCGGGUCUUUGGGAUGUUCAUUUCCGCGUCGGCGGCUUCGAAGGAACCAAACUUCAAUCCGACAAGUGCUCCAAGAACCCCCAGCAGAUCGCUCCCCCGAAACCCGAGUGCAUUGGCGCGUUUAUGCUUCUGCACGUUACAGCUCAAGCAAGCGUCUACCUCGAGAACACCUGGUACUGGGUUGCUGACCACGAGCUCGACCUUGGUGACCAUAACCAAAUCAACAUCUACAACGGACGUGGUAUUUUAAUCGAGAGCACCAAGGGCGCUUGGCUCUGGGGCACAGCUUCUGAGCACAGUGUUUUGUCCAACUACCAGCUCACCAAGGCCAAGAACGUCUACAUGGGCCUCAUUCAAACCGAGACUGCCUACAUGCAAGGCAACCCCGAUGCCAAGGUUCCUUUCAAGUACAACGCCAAGUACAGUGACCCUGACUUUUCGAAAUGCACUGGUCCUAAGUGCGCCAGAACUUGGGGCGUCCGCGUCGUCGAUUCUUGCGACAUUCUUAUUUACGGUGCUGGCCUCUACAGCUUCUUUGAUAACUACGACCAGAAGUGCGUCGACGCAAAUAACUGCCAGGAUAAUAUUCUUGAUAUCCAAAACUCCAGCGUUCACAUUUUUGGCCUCGCCACUAAGGCGAGCAUCAACAUGGUUACUGUCAACAACCAGUCGGUCGCUCUCGACAAGGACAACAGAAACAACUUCUGCGCUGCCCUGGCAUCCUUCUCAUCCUAG